AUGUACUGCAGCUCAGCUGUGCGUACCCAAGUCACAGUCGCACACAGCAGACAGCGGGAGCUCCGGAGUCACACGGACCCGUCCAACGUCUCUGUCUCUGUUGUUGACGGCCGUGGGAAAUCUGCUUGCUCGUGUGACUCGUCUUCAUUCAAUCGAUCCACAGCGGGCCCCGAGCUCCUCACAGCUGUUGUUGCGGUCGAUGGGAACACAGAUUGCGGUUGCAGUCAGACAGAUCAGAUGAAAGAGGGUCAGCCGACGAGUCAUCUUGUCGUGCUUUCCGCGGUCUGUCAAGAGUUGCUAACUCGAGGAUCUUGCUACUCCUUGAAUCAGGCUUUCAGCAUCGGCGAUCCUAUGCUCAUCAGAGGGAACGACAUCUCUUGGCAAGAGAAGCGGUGCAAAGAGCAAGCCGAUAGAUGA